AUGCGUCCCCAUCAGCCGCAUCACAUUCAUUUGUCGACCGAGAAAUUACUACAUAUAUGUGUCUGUGUGUGUUUUUUCUCUCGUUUCAUUGCAGAUAUUAUUCAUGGAAAGCUGUUCCAGAAUAAUCGCUUUCUGGAAAUCGAUUAUGCCCAGGGUCGUGAUAUACCACCCGGUUAUACAACAAAGAUUGCUAAAACCCUACAGGAUUGGGUCGAUUCAUGUGAUGCCAUUUCCAAUUGCAUUGUCGAACAGAUAAAACAUGCAAAUGCCGAGAAAUCAAAGAAGCUGGAUAAUAAAAAACAAAUUGAACAGAAGAUAUUUAAUUUAAAGAAAGUUUUCAAAACUCAAAUUAACGACAACGAUGAUGCCAUGCAAAUCGAUUCACGGGAAACAACAACCUCAUCCACCAGCCAGGAGGCAGCGCGCAAGAAAAGUUCCAAAGUUAAGCCAUCACGAUCUGCGGUUUGAAAGGAUUCCGGUGACUGGGUGCGGAAUACUAAGUGUGUCGCUGAAAUGGACUACAUCUCGAUUUAUGAAUAUUCAAAUUAUGAACACGCUCGCUCAUCCAAUAUAAUUUGCCAAUAAAAUAUCAUUUUUGGAAUUUAAUUUAAA